CCUGCAGGAAACGACUGACAAGCGGAGUUUAUAAUCAGGCUCUGUACAACACAAACGAUGGCAGGAAUAUCUCUUUAUGUCGCCAGCGUCAAUAUAACUGUCUCACAUGAUACGGACACUGAAAAGAGCUCUGGUAAAGAGAAGGAAUAUGAGUGUGUGGAACUUGGUGAUCUAGAAAGUAAAGAGAAGAUCCCGCGGCGAAUUAUUCAUUUCUCCAGUGGUGAGAUCAUGGAAGAGUACAGCACAGAUGAGGAGGAGGAGAACAAAAAAGAAAACACAAAGAAAGACCUUCUGUCUUCCAAAGACACAAAGUCCAAGCUUACUUGGGGCCCAUAUGUCUGGUUUCAGAUGUGGAAAGGUGCUGCAUCCACUAUGUCUGCUUGUGACUACCUCGGAGAACGAAUGGCAUCACUUUUUGGCAUCACCACAGCUAAGUACCAGUAUGCCAUUGAUGAAUACAGCAGGGCACAGAAGGAGGAGGAGAAAGAUGAAGAUACCCAACUCUCUGAGGAGGCCGAGCACCUGUUUGUGGAGCAGAAUGAAGAAGAUGAGGAGCCGAAGACCAACCAGCCCAAGACAAAGAGCACUCAAAUCAAUGUGACCAAUGAGCUGGACCUUCACUCUUCCUUGUUGUCCAAUACAGUCCACAUCCCUGCUCUCGUUACUAGCCCUUAACAACUAAACGUAUGUUUUCUGUCAUUUAAUUGAGAGUAAAAAGCAAGUCUCUAUCAUUUAAAGCACUUACAACAGGGAUUUAAUCAGACUCUGUUAUACAUUUUGUAUAUCUCUGUUAACUUGUUUGUUUGUUUUCUGAUUGCCUUAAUAUACUGAUCCUAUGCCAGUAAAAUGAUACUGAUCAUGGUGCUAAUGAAGAGAUGUGCCAUUUCUUCACCCACAGAUCAAAAGCUAAAUGGCUCAAAAUGCCACUACUUUACAAUGAUAACAAUAUCUGUUUGUUUGUUUUUUUUAUUGACUUUGUCAACUAUUUAUUACUAUUUAUUUGCUUUGCAAUUUAUGUAGCAAUUGAUGGAUAUACCCUCCAUCAAUACAGAUACACAGACCUGUCUAAAAUGGGCCUCACACUUGUAUUUAAUUGUCUUCUGUAUUUAAUAUGCUGUAAUGUUAAUGCUUGAUAUUUAUGUCUUGUCAUUGUGCUGAAUCAUUUAAAUGUUUUCAAUUGGAAUUGUUAAUUUUUACA